ACAACAAAAAUAUUAUUUUUUAGCAUUUACUGAAUUUGAAGUAGCACGUGGCUUAAAGUAAACUAUAAGCAUAUUUUAAAGUAAUAAGAUAAUUUUAUCCCACUACCUAAAUUAAAGGGGAACUUUAUAUUAUUUCGAAUUAGUCAUACCCUCAAUUGGUUGUUUUCAAUGUCGACAUGAUAAAAACCUUAUAUUUUCAGUGAUUGUCUGAAAGCGAAGGAGCGAUGUUGUUUACGUAAAAUAAAAAUAGAUAACAAUUAUAAAAUAUGUUUAGAAUAAUUUUCAGUAGUUUGUUAAUCUCAACAGUGCUAUGUGUAUACCAAAAUAAUAGCGGACUGAAUAAAAGAAACUUUAUUUACGAUACAUACAAAUAUGAUACGAGAAUUGAACUCAUCAUUAACAAUGAAACAGAACAGAUUAUGGACUUCUACGAGGAGACGGAGUUAUGGCACGGCUACCCCACCCGUGUGCAUGUGUCGACAAACGAGACGCUCAAUGUCGACAAUCCUGUCUUUGUGACCGCAACCCAGCAGAAAGGCGUAUCAUCAUGGGAGCUUCCAUUACUGGUGCAGACACAGAGUGGAGCGCUGAUGUUCUCCAGUAUGGCGCGGACACUUUGUCCACAUGACGCGGGACCAGAUAUAAAGUCGGAGAACCGGCCAAUGAUCCAGAUCACGACGUCCAACCCUCGGAACGUGUCCGUUGACAUCAAGCUGCGGCGGGUCACUGACUUCUACGUCGAUGUCAAUAAGGAGUUAUCCCUGAACGCGACCCCGAGUUCCCCGAAGUACUUCUACUUCUCCUUCGACCAGCAUCCGUGGAACAUCACCGGAGGACCGAUGCAGAAGAGCGCCGGCGCAGUGGCACAAAGGUUCAACUAUACAAUACCCAAGAGUGUGAUCCUGAUCAUUGAAUCUGAUGAUGACAUCUGUGCCACAGUGUCCAUACAGAAUAACUCGUGCCCAGUGUUCGACAGUGAGAAGGAAGUGCUGUACAAGGGGUACCAUCUCACCAUGAUGAGCAAGGGUGGCAUCACACUCACGCAAUCAAUGUUCCCAGCGGGGUUCUACAUAGUGUUCAUAGUCCGGGAGAGCGACCAGCAGUGCUCCGGCGCCAGCACUGCGGCCCACAGCCUCGCUGGCGGCAACAGGAUGAAGAACUUCAGAUUCCGCGUGAUAGCCACAGUGUCGUACCGGGAGUACGUGGUGGGGGCUCUGGUUACACUGGCGCUGGUCGCCGUGGUGGCGCUCCUCGUGAUAGUCGCCGUGCUCGCUUGUACCUGUCGAUGUAGUGAAACAGUAGUGAUAGUGGAGUCGGAGCCUAUAGCGCAUGCGUCGACGUCGGGCGAGGCGGGCGGCGCAGGCGCAGCGGCUGAUACUGCGCGGGUACUGGAUGACAGUGAUGAUGAUGACAUCGGAAUAGCGGAAGACAAGUGGUCUCACUCGCACCCACUGACCGUGCAGAAGUUGACGCGAGCAACGCCCGAGACACAGGCGAGGAGAUCGGAAAGAUACUUCUGGGGCGCACUGACGGUGGCGGUGGUCUACGCGCUGCCGGUAGUACAACUACUCUUCACAUACCAGAAGAUGGUAUUCCAAACAGGUGACCAGGACCUCUGUUACUACAACUUCCUCUGUGCGCACCCUCUCGGGUUCCUCUCAGACUUCAACCACGUCUACUCCAACGUUGGGUACGUGGUGCUGGGACUGGUCUUCAUGGCCCAGGUCAGGCAUCGACAGGUCAAGAACAGGGGGAAACCGCAGGAUAUGGGCGUCCCGCAGCACUACGGGCUGCUGUACUCGAUGGGGCUGGGGCUUAUCAUGGAAGGGCUGCUCUCAGCCUGCUACCAUCUCUGUCCUAAUAAGAUGAACUUUCAGUUCGACUCCUCGUUCAUGUACGUGAUAGCAGUGUUGGUGAUGGUGAAAUUGUACCAGAACCGUCACUCCGACAUAGUGCCCAGCGCUCACUCCACGUUCAUGGUGCUCGCCGUCGUCAUGACCAUAGGUCUGUUCGGCAUCCUAUACCCGAGCGUACCGUUCUCGGUGAUGUUCACAAUCCUGCACAUGCUGACCUGCUUCAUACUCACACUGAAGAUUUACUACGCCGGCAGGUUCAAACUGGAGUGGUCGGCGGCGACCCGCGGCGUGUCUGCGCUGCGGCGGGCGGGCGCGCGCGCACUGCGCCCCGCGCACUCGCCGCGCGCCGCGCUGCUCGCCGUCGCCUUCCUCGCCAACUGGGCCUUCGCGGUCUACAGCGCGGUAGUCCAAAACAAAGAUUUUGCUCGUCAACUCCUAGCUAUACUGAUGGGGAACGCGAUCCUAUACACGAUGUUCUACGUGGCUAUGAAGCUCCUACAUGGGGAGCGACUGGCCCCCCACACGUGGCUGUACGGGGUGCUGGCCCAUGCUGCAUGGUUCGCGGCGCUCAAGCUGUUCCUCGACUCCAAGACUAAGUGGUCGGAAACUCCCGCCCAGUCCCGUCGUCACAACGCAGAAUGCUCAAUCCUCCAGCUAUACGACUCCCACGACGCCUGGCAUCUUCUGUCAGCGGCCGCCAUGUUUCUAUCAUUCAAUAUGCUGCUAACUAUUGACGAUCUCGUCGCUAACGUACACAGAGAUAAUCUACACACGUUCUAGAGAAAUGUAUACAGUGUAGAGAAUUGUAUGCAUUCUAGAGAAUUGUAUACAUUCUAGAGAUUGUAUACAGAUUAUUUAACAGCUGAACUCAGAGACAUUUAUGGUUACUUAACCCAAUUUUUUGUGUGUCAUCCAAAAUCAUCGAAUGAAUUCUCCCAACUUGGGUGAAGCGAGAGAGAGUGUCAGACUCUUACUGACUUAACACCACCCCGUUCCGACUACUGCAUAGAGCCGGAGCACCGGUAACCUGAUCGGCCGUCCGGAACUGACCGUUUUCGGAACAAAAUCGUUGCUAAGGAAUUGUUUUCAGUAAUCAUUAUAUGUCUUUAAGUACGACUUCAAAACUUGAAUACAGAUAGACAUGUACAAUUAUUAAUGAAUACACUAUAUAGCAUGUAUAGAGCUACUCUUAAUAUGUAUACUUUCUAGAGACAUGUAGACAAUCGUAUUUUAUAAUUCUUAGAUUAAGAAUGUUUAUUUGCAGUAAGUAUGAAGUGGGAAUAUUAUAUUCUACACAGUUAAAUGUAUCGAAUUGUCUACAGAUAGGAUACAUACUAGAGACAUAUUUGUAUUAUUAUGUUGUAUAGAAACUCACUAUUAGCUAUUUUGUAUACACUCUAGAGAAUGUAUACAUCCACUCUAAAUUAUGAAUUGUAUACAUUUUAAACAUUUUAACCCAAACACUGACUGCCCCGUUGGCCGUGUGGUCGCAAGUGCAACUGCUGGG